AUGACGGUCACGACGGACGAGGAUGUCAAUGCCCUCGUCCACGUCGUUGUCAGCGCUUCUAAGCUCCCGGCCAAGUCUCGGAGCACGGCCGUGAAACCUGUUGUCGCCCAGCUCGCCUCCCUCUGCUACGAGCGUGGUCUGCUCCCCGACGCCCUCGGUCAGCUUGUCGAUCUGCUUACUUCGCCCUCAUACCUCGACCAGGCGAGCCUGCAGACACUCGCGCGCAACCUGUACCCGCGUGGCAAAGUCGAGGCCGAUGUCGUCCUCCGCAUCCUCGGCACACUGGGCCACGGCCGGCUCAAGAUGUCCCUGGGGGUGCAGGCUGCGCUCCUCAGGUGGCUGAUCCUGGUCCAACACGACCUGCAGGAGAGAGAAGUUCUGGCGAGGGCCUACGGCUUCCUGUUUGGCUUGCUGGAUACGGCGGCGAUAAGAUUGAAUCUCUCGAGACAAACGGGCAACGACCCAUGCCUCGUCGGCCUGUUGCGCGUCUUCAAGGACUAUUACCCCGAAAUCAUUGUCGGCGAUGCUCACCCGGAUCCCGCGUGGCGGGCGAGGUUGGAUGAGAUUCAAGAGGCCCAUCGGCGACAGGUGGACGGACCCUCAUCUGCGCUUCUCGACGGCUUCAGGGUCAAUCGUCCCAUGGACCGUACGCUGCGGAACAGGCUACUCCCUGCUGUCCAUACUCCAUACGCAACUGAGGAUUCCGUUACACUAGAAGAGAUUGAGAACGUCCGCAGUUUCGUGCAGAAGCUGGAAAAACUCGAGCUACCGAACCAGCUCGUCGCCGUCCUCGCCGACCCUUUGCUGCAGAAGCUUCUCCUGCUCCGACCUGACGCGACCUCGCACCGACGCGUGUCCAACUGGCUGGGCUCUGUCCUACAAGAUGUUCUGGAUGGAGAUGCUGACGAGGGUACAUUGUGGGAAGUCCUGGAGGUCGUGAGGGAGUUUGUUGUCCAGACCAAAACACUACCGCCGGUCCUACUGGGCUUUUUUUGUCGUUUUUUUGAAGUUUGGAGCGGCGAGGGUAGAAGGGAUCUUGUCCUUGAUAUCCUCUCGUAUGCCCCCUUGCAAGACUUCCAAGAGCUCUCCAAGUUCAUAUUCGGGCCGCUCGAAGCAUGCAUCCAAGACGACUCGCCAGAUACCCAACGCGCCCUCCUCGGCUUGUACACCAGCCUCCUCCACUACUGGACCAGCGUUCUCGAGUCCUCGUCGACGGUUCCCCCGGAUGCUAGCCAGGCCAUCUCCUCACUCCUCCACCACGUCAACCGCCUCAACCUCACUCUCCUCCAGACAGCUCCCUCCCUCGCCACCGAAGCGGCCAUCCUGUCCUUUUACGAAUGCACCAUCCCCCUCCUUGCCCACCCAACCCUGCAGCAGCAUGUGCGAAUCGAGCUGCCUCCGUCACCCCUCGUCUAUUCCCUCUUCUUCAGCGCCUCCCUCGCUUCCGUUUCGCGCCUCAGCCUCAUCCUCGCUCGCUUUAAGAAGGGUUUCGAAAAGGCCAUGGCGACGCGCCCUCGCGGCGACGGCUCCAACCGCAUCGACGCCUCAUCAUACACCAAGGCAUACGUCAACCACUACAACGGUUUCCUCAUGGACAUGUGCAACUGCCUCUGGCGCGCCCGUGCCUUCAGCGACAGUGAUUCAAACGCCCACGGCUGCAUGGUCCCCCGCGCGACCGUCUCGGCCUUGACGGCGUACGUUGCCUCUGUGGACAAGAGCUUCACACUCGCAUCGCUCUUUUCACUGUCGCACUCGCCAGUCCUGUGCCUGCAGAGCAUCCGCUGCGUGCGCGAUCUCGAGGACAAGGCCAUGGCCGAGGACCUCUCGAUACGCACGAGGCACGCAGGGCCCGUGACGCAGAAUAGCCUGAGCAGGCUGGCUGCCUCGGGCGGAGUACGCUUGACCUGGCAGGAGUACAGGAUCAGCGUCCUGGAAAGGCUGACGAGAGAGGGUCUACCGGGCAUCACGGAACUGCUCACGAAUACCAUGACGGUACUCAAGAACUCCAUGGACGACAGGUCGAGAAAGCAGAUGGCAACAAGUUCUCCACAUGCGGGCACGCAGGACACCAGCUUGCUGGGGGGUUCAUGA